AUGAGACUUACACCACAAGUGAUAAAUGAUGCACCUAUAAUACUUAAUCCUGAAAAGAAAUUGACUUUACAACUUCGAGAUUUACAAAUUCCGUACAUUGAAAAUUUAUCAAUAACUCAAGAUAAAUUUCAAGUAAUUGAUUUGACCAAUAAUGAAUUGAUUGAAUUAAGUGAUAUACCCAAUGGGUUUAUAAAUUUAGAAACUCUCUUAUUGGGUAAUAAUAAUAUCACUCAUAUAGAUGAUGAAAGAUUUCCAACGGAUAAUUAUAUUAAAUCAAUAUCAUUAAUAAAUAAUAAUAUAUCAAGAUUUCAACGGACUUUUAGUAUGAAAUUUAAACAUUUAGAAAAUUUGAUACUAAUUGGAAAUCCAAUAACAAAAGUUGAAAAUUAUCGAUUAUUUAUGAUUUGGUUAAUCCCUUCAUUAAAAGUAUUAGAUUUUAAGAAAAUUAAACCAGGAGAAAGACAGAAAGCUAAAGAAUUAUUUGGUGAUGAUAAUACUGUAUAUAAUGAGCUUGCUACAUCGUUAAUAGAGAAGAGUAUAACUAAAGAAAAGAAUGGUUUAGAGUCUUCAUCUAAGGAUAAACAAUUAAACACAGUAAUUCAUAAAUUGACUAAACAAGAAAGAGAAGAAUUAUUAAAUAAAUUGAAGACUGCCACGACCAUUGAAGAAAUUGAAAGAAUUGAAACGGCAUUAAAAACUGGUUCUAUAUAG